UGCAAAAACAUGUCGUGGUGUACAAUAACAAAUUUUAUCAAAUCCAAACCGACAUUUUCUGUCGGAUAACAUUAACUAACGUGUGUGUUCUCUUACCCAAAAUCGUGGUAAAACUAAACGAAUUUCUCUAAUACGGGUCUAAAUUAUAAACACAAACCUUCUCAUCGACAAUACGAGAAUAAUGCCACGUCCGAAUUGUUGCCAAAUUACAAUAUAGCAUUUCUUUAUUUAUUUAAAAAUAAUCUUGACUUGUGGGGAAAAUGGAAUACCAGUGUGUCGUUAUUUAUACAGUUGUUAAUAUAAAGCAUCCCGUCGAUCCAAAAGUUGCCGAGACGACCAGCAAGCAGGACGGGUCGAAGGGAUGCUUGGAUUGUCUGAAAAAUCAAAUUAAAAGAGCUGUAGCAGCCUAUUUGCGAGCCCUGAAUUUAUCCCCAAACAAUGCAGUGGUGCAUGGAAAUCUGGCAUGUGUUUAUUAUGAGCAGGGGCUCAUUGAUUUGGCUAUUGAUACUUAUCGGAGGGCUAUCGAACUGCAACCAAACUUUCCUGAUGCCUAUUGCAAUUUGGCUAAUGCACUCAAGGAAAAAGGACAGGUUGCUGAUGCUGAAGAAUGCUACAAUACGGCACUGCGCUUAUGCCCAUCGCAUGCUGAUUCUUUGAACAAUCUGGCUAAUAUAAAGCGCGAACAAGGUUAUAUUGAAGAAGCAACUCGGUUGUAUCUCAAAGCCUUAGAAGUUUUUCCAGAAUUUGCAGCAGCCCAUUCAAAUUUGGCUUCAGUUUUGCAACAGCAAGGCAAAUUAAAUGAAGCUCUAAUGCAUUAUAAAGAAGCUAUUCGUAUACAGCCCACAUUUGCGGACGCUUAUUCGAAUAUGGGUAACACUUUGAAAGAAAUGCAAGAUGUAUCAGGAGCCUUGCAGUGUUAUACCCGAGCAAUACAGAUCAAUCCAGCAUUUGCUGAUGCUCAUAGUAACUUAGCUAGCAUCCAUAAAGACUCUGGUAACAUUCCUGAAGCUAUUCAGAGUUAUAGAACUGCUUUGAAGCUGAAGCCUGAUUUUCCUGAUGCUUACUGCAACUUGGCACAUUGUUUACAAAUAGUUUGCGAUUGGACUGAUUAUGAGGCUCGCAUGAAAAAACUAGUGAGCAUUGUAGCUGAACAAUUGGAUAAAAAUCGUUUACCCUCAGUCCAUCCUCAUCAUUCCAUGCUUUAUCCUUUAUCUCAUGAAUUCCGUAAGGCUAUAGCUGCAAGGCAUGCCAAUUUGUGUUUGGAAAAAAUUCAUGUUUUGCAUAAACCUCCUUAUAAGUACCCUAUGGAGUUAAGGGGCCGUUUGAAAAUUGGUUAUGUCAGCAGUGAUUUUGGUAACCAUCCCACGUCUCAUCUGAUGCAAUCUGUUCCCGGUCUACAUGAUAAAACCAAGGUUGAAGUAUUCUGUUAUGCUUUAAGCCCAGACGAUGGAACUACAUUCCGGGCUAAGAUUGCCAGAGAGGCUGAACAUUUCAUCGAUCUGUCACAAGUCAUGUGCAAUGGGAAGGCUGCUGACAGGAUCAAUGCUGAUGGAAUUCAUGUUCUGGUUAAUAUGAAUGGUUACACCAAAGGAGCUAGAAAUGAAAUUUUUGCUUUAAGACCAGCAGCAAUACAGGUUAUGUGGCUGGGUUACCCUGGCACAAGUGGUGCAAGUUUUAUGGAUUACUUAAUCACUGAUGCAGUUACGUCCCCUCUUGAGUUAGCUGAUCAGUAUAGCGAAAAGUUAGCUUACAUGCCAUACACUUAUUUUGUUGGUGAUCAUAAACAAAUGUUCCCUCAUCUGCAAGAACGUUUGAUUGUCAGCGACAAGAACCAUGGAUCAAAUUCUGUUGCUGAUAAUGUUGCAGUGAUAAAUGCUACUGAUCUAUCACCACUGGUUGAAAAUACUGAUGUGAAGGAAAUUAGGGAAGUAAUUCAGGCUGCCAAGCCUGUUGAAAUAUCUUUAAAAGUGGCAGAGUUACCUACAACAACACAUAUAGAAACUAUGAUUGCUUCCGGUCAUGUUCAAACAUCAGUCAAUGGCGUGGUCGUUCAGAAUGGCUUAGCAACUACACAAACUAACAACAAAGCAGCAACCGGGGAAGAAGUGCCGCAAUCCAUUGUUAUUACUACCAGACAACAGUAUGGAUUACCUGAUGAUGCUGUUGUUUAUUGCAAUUUCAAUCAGUUGUACAAAAUUGAUCCAGCUACUUUACAUAUGUGGGUAAAUGUUUUGAAAAAAGUUCCAAAUGCAGUUUUGUGGUUAUUGCGUUUCCCAGCAGUUGGAGAACCUAAUCUUUUGGCACAAGCAAACCAAUUAGGACUUCCUCCUGGUAGAAUAAUAUUCUCAAAUGUGGCUGCUAAAGAAGAGCAUGUGAGACGUGGUCAACUCGCAGAUGUAUGUUUGGAUACUCCGCUUUGUAAUGGCCAUACCACUUCAAUGGAUGUUUUGUGGACUGGUACACCUGUAGUAACGCUUCCGGGAGAAACAUUAGCUUCUAGAGUAGCUGCUUCGCAACUUGCAACUUUGGGUUGUCCAGAAUUAAUUGCCAGGACUAGGCAGGACUAUCAAGAUAUAGCAAUUAAAUUAGGCACUGACAGAGAAUAUUUGAGAGCUAUGCGUGCAAAAGUGUGGACGGCACGAAUGACGAGCCCUUUGUUUGAUUGUAAAAAGUAUGCGCAAGGUAUGGAAAUGCUAUAUUCUAAAAUGUGGGAAAGACAUGCCAAAGGAGAAAAACCAGACCAUGUGUCUGCUCAAGUUAAAGAUGAAAGUUAAAUUUUAUCACUGUUGGUUUAUGAAAGUUAAACUAAAAGCAUAUUUUAUUAAGUAUGACACAAGCUAUACUCAAUAAUAGAUUGUGUGUAAUUGUAUAUUUUAAAAAGUGCUCUCACUUUAGAAUUAAUUUGAAGAACAAUCAAUUAAAUGCCUCUUCAACUUGUAAUGAUUGUGAUUUGUGAAUUUUGAUCUGUGAUUGCGAAGUAAACAAUUAUUUCCUUUUUUGUUUUAUCAAAAAAGAUUUUGUUUAAUGAUAAAUAUUGUACAAAGGAAAUGUUAUGUACAUGCUAGCUGAUGUAUACUAUAUUUUUUAUAAAGCAAAUAAAAUAUAGCAAAAAAUCCAAAAGGGGGGCAUGUAAUUUGAUGACAACAAAGAUUAUGCAGAAAAGGGUAAUUUUUAUUAGAAUUUCUCACUUAAUUUUAAUGUUUUUGUAUGUUUGCAGUA